GUGACUUUCAUGAGUCUUCAUGUUUCGCCUUCUGUAUCGCUGCCAUAGUCCAUUAAAACCUUACCGGCGUUUUUUUUCUAGCACGCGUACAUACCUCGCAGAGGUUCAUCCUACUUCCUUCAACGUCAUCCACGAAAUUGAACAAGAUGGUGCUCGCAUCCUUCAGGCUGUGAGGAAGCGCAUCAAAGUCAGGGAUGAAUUGCUAGCAAAUAUGUCUGAGGAUAUGUCCUCUCCAGAGGACAUAGCACGUGCACGUCAACUCAAAGAAUUAGAACCCUUGCAUGAAGCAUGGUCGAACUGGACGCACGCUCGUCAGUCCUUGGAAGAAAUACUACCCCUCAUGCAAGAUCCUGACCCAACCAUGCGCACCUUAGCAUCGGAAGAAUUCACCUCCCUGGCCCAUACCCUAUCUACCCACAUAUCCACAACGUUUCCCUCUCUUCUCGUUCCUCCAUCAUCUACGCGUGACUUACAUGCUCUGCUGGAGUUGAAAGCCGGCGUCGGUGGGUCUGAAGCAGCUCUAUUUCUGUUGGACCUCCUGCGAGUCUACGUUCGAUAUGCUGGUUCAGUCGGGUGGCGAACAAGUGUCAUACAGAGCAGCGAAACCGAAAGCGGAGGGAUUCGCGAUGCUAUCCUCGAGAUUAAAGGUGAAGGAGCUUAUGAUGCACUGAGGUGGGAGAGCGGUGUACAUCGUGUGCAGCGCGUCCCCGCAACGGAGUCAAGUGGGCGGACUCAUACGAGUACUGUUGCGGUUAUAGUUCUGCCGCUGAGCGAAGAUGCCGAGAGCAUCAGCGGGAAUGAUGAACUUUUCAAAAUGGAGGAUGUGAAGAUCGAGGUAAUGCGUGCACGUGGUGCAGGUGGACAGCACGUCAACAAAACAGAGUCUGCAGUCCGUCUCACCCAUACACCCACCGGUAUCACUGUUUCCAUGCAAGACGAACGCAGUCAGCAUCAGAAUAAGCGUCGUGCUUUUCAAGUCCUUCGUGCUCGCCUAAUGGAUGUAAAGCUUUCACAAGAUGUCGCCCACCGUCGAGCCACUCGCCGGAAUCUGGUCCGCACCGCGGAUCGCAGCGAGAAGAUUCGAACGUAUAAUUAUGCGCAGGAUCGCGUGACAGACCAUCGAAUCGGUCUCUCUCUCAUGAACCUCACCAGCUUCCUGGAAGGUGACGGCGUGCAGGAUUUUCUGGAUGCCUUGCGCCGAAACUGGCAAGAAGAAAUCAUGGAGGAUGUUGUUGGAGAGUCUGAAUGAAACACGACACCUGCUGUCUCUUGUCAUCGCAAGCACCUC